ACAUGAUAUUGAAAUCUCUACGCCCGGCCCUUUGGACACUGUCACGCAGUGGACGGCGUUUUCGGACUAAUCAAUUCAAUAUGGCAUCUUCGGCAGCAAAUGUUGCGCCCGUGGAAACGAACGGAAAUGAGAGCGGAAGCAAGAGAUAUGCGCAGACGCCGUUGCGAAGCGAGGAAGGGUCACGGGGAAGUUACAGAUUCAAAAAUAAGAGGAUGAGGAACGGCCAUGGAGAUACGAGCAAAAUUUUAAAAACGAACGGUAACAAUGAGGAAGUGUUGCUUGAAGACGUCAAUGCUCUACUCAAGUCAUUGGAUAUUCAGAGCAACGGAGAGGAUCAGAGCGCCGAGCAAGAACCCCAACCACUGCCAGAGAAGCUUUCGGAGAUUCAGGUCAAGAUCGAACAGAUAUCUUCUACUGGUGAUGGCCUCGGAUUUCAGGUAGGAUCGGAUUCAAAGCAAGUUUACGUCAUCCCAUUCACUGCACCUGGAGACGUUGUGACAGCAAAGGUUUUCAGGCAUCUCGACAAAGAGAGAUACUCCAUGGCCGAUUUUGUUAAAGUGGAAUCGCCAUCCCAGCACCGAGAUGAGAGUCUCGUCAGAUGUCCUUACUUCUCCCGCUGCUCCGGUUGUCAGUUCCAGAUGCUUCCCUACGACUUCCAACUCGCGCACAAGAAGACCAUCGUCGAAAAGGCAUACAAAAACUUCUCCAACCUUGCCCCGGAGCUCAUACCCGCCAUAGGGGAUACCAUAGGAUCCCCACUUCAGUAUGGAUAUAGGACCAAAUUGACACCACAUUUCGACGGUCCUCCGGAUGCGAGGAGAAGUGACGGCCGAAACGGCAUAAAGCGAAGCUUCAAGGAAGUUCCACCUAUCGGUUUCAUGAAGAAGGGAACGAGGCAAACUAUCGACAUUGAAGACUGCCCCAUUGGCACUGAAGCUGUCCGCAACGGAAACAGGCGCGAGCGGAAACGGGUAUCUGACGAGCUGAGCAAAUACACGAAGGGCGCCACGCUUCUUUUGAGGGAGCACACAGAACGAAUUUCGAAAUCUGAAUACGACGUAACGAAAGAAACAGACGGAGACGCCGUCAUUGAGGACAGGGGUGAUUUCAUACACAAGAAGACCUGUGUAACUGACCCGAACGCCAAAACGACCGAAUAUAUCGAUGACUUCCAAUUCGUGAACCCAGCCGGAGCCUUUUUCCAGAACAACAAUUCAAUUCUACCACGCUUCACACAAUACAUCCGAGAACACAUCCUCCCAACCACCCAGUCCGACGACUCACCCAAGAUCAGCUACCUGAUAGACGCCUACUCCGGCAGCGGUCUCUUCACCAUCACGCUCUCCUCCCUGUUCAAAUCCUCCCUCGGCAUCGACAUCGCCGCAUCCUCCAUCAACUCCGCAACCAACAACGCCACCAUUAACAACCUCCCCCCUUCAACCGCAAAAUUCAUCGCCGCCGACGCCGCCGCCCUCUUCGCCAACAUCGACACCCCCGCCGCGGAAACCGUCGUCAUGAUCGACCCGCCGCGAAAAGGGUGCGACGAGUCCUUCCUGCGCCAACUCAUCCGCUACGGCCCCGCAAGGGUAGUCUACGUGAGCUGCAACGUGCACACGCAAGCGCGUGACAUCGGCGUGCUGGUGGGCGGUAUGCAAGGUGUGGACGGAGGCAAGGGUCCCGGAGAGGGAUGCUAUGAGAUUGAGAGUCUGAGGGGCUUCGACUUCUUCCCGCAAACGGGACAUGUGGAGGGAGUUGCGGUCCUCACGAGGAAAAGGGAUAUGACUGCAUGAAAAUAUGUUUAGGUAUUU